CCUCAUCCUCCUUCCUGUAUGGUGGAUAUUAUUUUCAACUCUUCUUUCUUGGGUGAUAUGGGGGAUCAUUCAAAAAAGAAGUCCGGAUUCGCGAUGUGUGUAGGAUGUGGGAGUCAGAUCCAUGACCAGUACAUACUGAGAGUGUCCCCCGACCUGGAGUGGCACGCAGCCUGCCUGAAGUGUGCAGAGUGUAGUCAGUACCUGGAUGAGACGUGCACUUGUUUCGUCCGGGACGGCAAAACCUAUUGCAAGAGAGAUUAUGCAAGACUGUUCGGAAUAAAAUGUGCAAAAUGCAACCUGGGAUUCAGCAGUAGCGACUUGGUGAUGAGAGCUCGGGACAAUGUGUAUCACAUCGAGUGCUUCCGGUGCUCGGUGUGCAGCAGGCAGCUGCUGCCGGGGGACGAGUUCUCUCUGCGGGACGACGAGCUGCUGUGCCGCGCCGACCACAGCCUGCUGCUCGAGCGCAGCUCCGCCGGAAGCCCCGUCAGCCCGGGACACAUCCACUCCAACAGAGCGCUACACCUGGCAGAUCCGGUGACGGUCCGGCAGGCCCCGCAUCGGAACCACGUGCACAAGCAGUCGGAAAAGACGACGCGCGUGCGGACGGUUCUCAACGAGAAGCAGCUCCACACGUUACGGACGUGCUACAACGCCAACCCGAGACCGGAUGCGCUGAUGAAAGAGCAACUGGUGGAGAUGACGGGCCUCAGCCCGCGGGUGAUCCGGGUCUGGUUCCAAAACAAACGGUGCAAAGACAAGAAACGGUCCAUCCUCAUGAAGCAGCUCCAGCAGCAGCAGCAUAGCGAUAAGACUAAUCUGCAGGGCCUCACAGGGACACCUCUCGUGGCAGGCAGUCCUAUCCGGCAUGAGAGCACAGUACAAGGGAACCCGGUGGAGGUUCAGACUUACCAGCCUCCAUGGAAGGCCCUGAGUGAGUUUGCUUUGCAGAGUGACUUGGAUCAGCCAGCCUUCCAACAACUGGUGUCUUUUUCCGAAUCGGGCUCGCUGGGGAACUCCUCUGGGAGUGAUGUGACUUCUCUGUCCUCUCAGUUACCGGACACCCCGAACAGUAUGGUACCCAGCCCGGUGGAGACGUGAGACCUGCAGGCCGAACAGGCCCCUGCAAAGACAUAACAUACAUACAGCAUGAUCCCGGUCCCCUGCAUGUGACCAGCUCAUCACAGCGCCCAGAAGAAAGAAGAGAGAAGAGAGAGACGAGUCUUUUUUGUUUCUGUUCCCGAUGUAAAAGGAGAUGCGAUGAACAAGCACCGAGUGACACCAAGUGACUCAAGGACUUUUUUUCUUUUUUUUUCUCCAAACGCCAUUAGCCUAUCCGAGGUGGC